CCACUCACGACAUGCUUAUGUCCAUUGUAAGUCAGCCUCAUGGUGGUUAUUUUCACCAUGGUCAGCCUCAUCUAUGCAACAUAGACAUACGCGCUCAGAGAGUAUUUUAAGUGCUCCCCCCGCCGCCCCGGCCUCUUACCAUGUGACAUCUACCCAUACUCCAUCCAUACUCCUUGCCAUGUGUUGCGCUGCGAGAUGCUGGCUGGACAAGCGACGUAGGGUUAUUGUUUGCGCCUCUGCAGAAUAUACUCCAAUUCAUAUUAUAUCCGUAUAAUAAAACCAUUCGAUUGAAUUGCACGCCGCAAUUGGAAAGUGUUGUUCAAUAGCAUAUUUUCAGCGAAUAUUUCGUUGACAUUCACCAUGCCGUCGCGCAGAAAUAAAUUUAAGACUUCUUGGAUUAUUGGCCCAUCUAAAAAUGAACCCAUAAACGACAGAUGCAGUGUGGGUCGGAAACUUUUGGAAAAAAUGGGCUGGGAAAAUGGUCUUGGUCUGGGCAAAGACAACCAAGGGAUGACAGAAAAUCCUUUAUGGAAAUAUAAUCGAGGAGACAGCAAAACAGGUUUUAAAUGUAAAGAUGAAAUGGCAAAUGAAAUAUUGCCUCAUCAAAAUGCAUUUGAAGACCUUUUAGGAGAAUUAAACUCGCAGACUGGUGAAGAGAGUAUUAACACUGAUGAUUCACUCCAGAGAAAAUCUAGAGAGAGGGUAAAAACAUGUAAAAAACACAUACGGUACAAAAAAAUGGCUCGAGCAAAAGAUAUUAGUAAUUACUCAGCAAAAGACUUCGAAGGUAUUGUUGGAAAGAAAAUCACAAAGAAAAAUUUAGAUUUGUUACGUGAAACUUCUAAUUGUGGUACUCUCUCAAAUAUCAAAGUAACGAACGAAGUUUUUGCCUCACUAGAGUGUGAAAGUUCUAGUGAACAAUUUGACAUGGAUAAUAAGUCAUUUAAUUUACUGAAGAGAAACAAGCAGCUUUGUGUGUCUCAAAAACACGAAAAAACAUGUGUGGAAAGUAGUACAAUUGUCUCUGAAGUGAGUUAUGUAAAUGAGGAACUUGAAGAGAGUGGGAAUCCAAAGAAAAAAAAUAAAAGGCAUUCAUUUUCAAGUUUUACUCUUGAACCCAAUGCGUGUUCUAUGCAAGCUUUUGCAAAUACCUCAACAGAGUCUAUAAAUGAUCAAUGUAAAGAAUCAGAAGCCACUGAAGAUGUGGAUGUAUUUAAUUCUGAAAGGAGUUUUAAAAAGAAAAGUAGAAAGAUUGACGGAAACUCUGAGAAUUGUGCCAUAGUCAACACAAAUGACAGUACCUUGCAAAGUUCUGAAAUUAGCAAAAAGAAGAAAAAGAAAAAGAUGAAGGAAAACAUGGGCGAUUCUAAUACACCCUGCACUGAGUACAAUUCUGCACUAAGCGACACAAAUCUAGAUGAGAAACCAACCAGCCGAGAAGAAUUUAUGUGCAAUACCAAAUCUAUUAGUGAAAUUCGUCAAAAGCAAACUUUACAAAAUAAAAGUGUAAGUAGAAAUGCUGUUACCGAGUUUGAUAGUAGUGUCAUAACAAGUGAAAAAUCCUCUAAUUUUGAAAAAACUGAGACAAAGAAGGAAGGGAGUAAAGUUAGUAAUGGUUGUACAACAUCCAAUGAUGCAAGCAAGAAUGAUGAUAAUAAUUCCCUUAUAUUCCUGCGUCAAAAUAAUAAUUUCUUUCUUACAGGUGAAGAAAGAAAAAAAAUUAAAAAACAUUUAGCUGAAAAUCCAGCAAUUAUACAGCAGGUUGCAAGUGCAUUUGUUGGUUCCAAUUUAAUGAGCAUAAAAGGCUAUGGUAAUUGGUGAUGUUGAGAUUAUUUAUGGAAUGAAAAUUCAGCCACAAAUUAAAAAAAAAAUUUUAUAAGUUAAGAAUUUGAAUGCUUUACCUCCCAUUCCAUAAUCACUUUCCAUUGUUUGUCAUCCAUCAUGUGUGUAUGUACUUUCAGGUUUCAUGAAUUUGUAUUGAUUGAAUAAUUUCAACCAUUGAUAGCGAUGAGUUCUAGUAAUUUUUAAUUUCAAAGACAAUCCUAGCAAUAGCAAGUUGCCAUACUGAAAUAUUCAAAGUUGAAAUUGAUGAAUGUUAUCAAAAAGUAACAACUUGAAAGUCAUGAAAUGUACCCUUCCUAAUGCAUUUCAAAAGUGAUCAUUUUUUUAAUCCUGGAUCCCCAUAGGCCUAUAGACUUGUUUCUUGUCCAAUGUUUCUUUAUCACUUGUUCUGAUCCUUUUGGUAUCAAACCCUUUAUAAAUAAGUUAAAAUAAUGUCUUCAGUUGGAAAAAAAAAUUAUAACAUGAAGCAAAAUAAGGUAAAAACAAGGACUCCACUACUGGACAACGCAUACUCUCAUACAUGUACUCCAUAAAAUUCUGAGUUACAAGGGGACUGUUUGAGAUAGUAAUAUCAAGGUACGACAGGAUUCCUGAAAGAGGUAUGUGUUAUUUGAAAAUGGUAUUUUGAAAUUCACAUUUUAGAAUAUUUCUCUUGAUCUUAAUUUUUUACAUAUACGUGAAAAUAAGUUUAUAGGAAAAUGUGAAUCCACAAAAGAAACCUAGUACACAGAUUAUUUAGUAGUGAUAUUUAAUUACAUAUAGACCCUUGAGACUAUGGUAUUGCUUUACAAACUGACAUACUAAAAAUGUUCUGACAAUAGUUAUAAUUGUAUUUUAAUGUAUAUGUUUAUAAAGAGUGUCACACAGUAAUGAAAAUUUUAUAAUGCUGCACAGAUCUAUGUUGGGA